AUGAGGGAAGGUAAUCAAUCCUCUACCCGGGAUUUCAUCCUCCUGGGCGUUAGCGGCCAGCAGCAACAGGAGGAUUUCUUCUUCAUCCUCUUCUUGCUCAUUUACCCCAUCACACUGAUUGGAAACCUGCUCAUCAUCUUGGCCAUUUUCUCUGACAUUCGCCUUCACCACCCCAUGUAUUUUCUCCUUGCUAACCUCUCCUUUGUCGACAUCUUCUUCUCCUCUGUAACCAUCCCGAAGAUGCUAGCCAACCAUCUCUUGAGCACCAAGACCAUCUCCUUUGGGGGAUGCCUGACACAGAUGUAUUUCAUGAUUGCUUUGGGUAACACAGAUAGCUAUAUCCUGGCUGCAAUGGCAUAUGAUCGUGCUGUGGCCAUCAGCCGGCCACUUCAUUACACAAAAGCCUUCUCCACCUGUGGUUCCCACCUCACAGUGGUUUCUUUGUAUUAUGGGACAGUCAUGGGCAUGUAUUUCCGCCCUCUGACUAGCUACAGCCUAAAGGAUGCUGUGAUAACUGUGAUGUAUAUGACAGUGACUCCAAUGUUAAAUCCUUUCAUCUACAGUCUGAGAAAUCGGGACAUGAAGGCUGCCCUGGGGAAACUCGUCAGCAAGAGAAUCUCCACAUAA